AACUACAAAUCCCCAUCGGGCCUUGCGCGACUCCUGCUGGGCAGGAUUCCGGACAACGCCUGGUUCCUCUCGGGUCCUUCCGGCGUCGCCGGAGUGAAUUGAUCCGGGAGUUGAAGAGGGCUCCAAAGGUGGGAAGUGAAGUCCGUGCCUCAGUUGCCGAUUGCUGUUCUUCUUUGUGUACCAGUCUUUAUCACAUACACAUACAAAAGGGAAGAAAUUCGGCAGUGAAUGAAGAUUCCUCUGCAUUUUAGCAUUGCUUUUUCUACUGUAGUUGGCUUUUGAAUGAGGAUGACAAUGGAAGAGAUGAAGAAUGAAGCUGAGACCACUUCCAUGGUUUCUAUGCCUCUCUAUGCAGUCAUGUAUCCUGUGUUUAAUGAGCUAGAACGAGUAAAUUUGUCUGCAGCUCAGACUCUGAGAGCCGCUUUCAUUAAGGCUGAAAAGGAAAAUCCAGGCCUCACACAAGACAUCAUUAUGAAAAUAUUAGAGAAAAAAAGUGUAGAAGUUAACUUCACCGAGUCCCUCCUUCGUAUGGCAGCUGAUGACGUAGAAGAGUACAUGAUUGAGCGGCCAGAGCCAGAAUUCCAGGACCUAAAUGAAAAGGCACGGGCACUUAAACAGAUUCUCAGUAAGAUUCCCGAUGAGAUCAAUGACAGAGUGAGGUUUCUGCAGACAAUCAAGGAUAUAGCUAGUGCAAUAAAAGAACUACUUGAUACAGUGAAUAAUGUCUUCAAAAAAUAUCAGUACCAGAACCGCAGGGCACUUGAACACCAAAAGAAAGAAUUUGUAAAAUACUCCAAAAGUUUCAGUGACACGCUGAAGACUUAUUUUAAAGAUGGCAAGGCAAUAAAUGUGUUCAUAAGUGCCAACCGGCUAAUUCAUCAAACCAACUUGAUACUUCAGACCUUCAAAACUGUGGCCUGAAAGUUGUAUAUGUUAAGAGAUGUACUUCUCAGUGGCAGUAUUAAACUGCAUUUAUCUGUAAAUUUUAAAGUUUGACUGUAUAAAUUAUCAGUCCCUCCUGAAGGGAUCUAAUCCAGGAUGUUGAAUGGGAUUAUUGCCAUCUUACACCAUAUUUUUGUAAAAUGUAGCUUAAUCAUAAUCUCACACUGAAGAUUUUGCAUCACUUUUGCUAUUAUCAUUCUUUUAAGAAUUAUAAGCCAAAAGAAUUUACGCCUUAAUGUGUCAUUAUAUAACAUUCCUUACAAGAACUGUAAAUAUUGGUGUUUGUUUCUGACAUUUUAACUUGAAAGCGAUAUGCUGCAAGAUAAUGUAUUUAACAAUAUUUGGUGGCAAAUAUUCAAUAAAUAGUUUACAUCUGUUAAACAUUUCUUUACUUGAAAAAAGAUGCAUAUAUAUAUGUGUGUGUGUAUAUAUGAUCAGAAAACCAAGACAACUUGGUAUAAUGUUAAAGAUCUUCUAAUGGGAGCUUACUAGCAGUUUAUCAAAUAAUAAAGCAACGAGAAUUCCUAUUUUUUGUCCUUAAUCACUUUGAGCAAAAA